GGUAGUAGUAGUAGUAGUAGUGAUAGUAGUAGUGAUGAUGGUAGUAGUAGUAGUAAUGAUGAUGGUAGUAGUGAUAGUAGUAAUGAUGAUGGUAGUAGUAGUAGCAGUAGUAGUAGUAGUAGUAUUAGUAGUAGUGAUGAUGGUAGUAGUAGUAGUAGUAGUAGUAUUAGUAGUAGUGAUGAUGGUAGUAGUAGUAGUAGUAGUAGUAGUAUUAGUAGUAGUGAUGAUGGUAGUAGUAGUAGUAGUAGUAGUAGUGAUGAUGGCAGUAGUAAUAGUAGUAGUGAUGAUGGCAGUAGUGAUAGUAGUAGUGAUGAUGGUAGUAGUGAUAGUAGUAAUGAUGAUGGUAGUAGUGAUAGUAGUAAUGAUGAUGGUAGUAGUAGUAAUAGUAGUAGUAGUGAUGAUGGUAGUAGUGAUAGUAGUAGUAGUGAUGAUGGUGGUAGUAGUAGUGAUGAUGGUAGUAGUGAUAGUAGUAGUAGUAGUAGUAGUGAUGAUGGUAGUAGUGAUAGUAGUAAUGAUGAUGGUAGUAGUGAUAGUAGUAGUGAUGAUGGUAGUAGUAGUAGUAGUGAUGAUGGUAGUAGUAGUAGUAGUAAUGAUGAUGGUAGUAGUGAUAGUAGUAGUGAUGAUGGUAGUAGUAGUAGUAGUGAUGAUGGUAGUAGU